CCUUAAAAGCUUACGCUUUUACGGUUCUAGUUCACCAAAACGCUUAACGUUUUUACGCUUUUAGUUCACUAAAUAGGUAUUAUUUUCAUGAAAUUUGAAGAGGCUAUAAGUACAUACCAGGUGCUUGGAUGCAUUCUCAACUUCAAUACAGUAAUCUAAUUCACCAGCUAGGCUCUUCCCAAAUUCAUUAGCAUAGAGGGGACAGUGGCUUAUUGUUAAGAUUUAUGUUUAUGAACUUAUUAUUAAGAGGCUAUAAGUUGUUCUACUUUAGGCAUGAAUUGCAGGUAUUUAGUAACUUCACUAAAUUAUGUGCACUCAUAUUUUAUAUGGUAUAUGUCGUACUUAACAGAUUUUUAGUUAUUUUACAGCAUGCAUCAAAAACUUGCGUUUUUACGCUUUAAUUCUACGCUUUACGAUUUUACCAUUUUUACGCUUCUAGGUAGAAUCGCGUUUUUGAUUGCAUUGGGGCAAGGUUGUCAAACCGGUUUAUGCCAGUGUGCCGGUUUAGCAAGUGGAAUGGUUCAACCGGUGGCACAUACCGGUUUGUGCCGGUUCAUGCCGGUCAAUAUUACAAAUAAAAUUAUAAAUACUCAUAUUUAAUCAUGACAUUUAAUGUCAAUACCUGAACAUUUAUAUUUGAAUCCAACAAAUAACAUCAAUAUUUAACUUUUAUACUCAUAAAAUAAUAAUAAAAUAAUUUUUAUCAAUUAAAUUCUCUAAAAUAAGGUCAUUUUACUUAGAGAUUCGUAUAUCGAUCAUGUCGGUCAUACCGGUGGUGUCACGCCAAUUUUAUGACCGGUACCGGUUGAACCCGGUACAACCGGUGGCACGCCGGCCGGCGUGACAACCAUGCAUUGGGGAUAAACGUUUGUCAUUAGUCGGUUAACCGCACAACUGAACCAAGAAUAUUGGUCGGUCGGCUAUUAAAUGCGCCUUCAGUGUCGGUUGGGGAUUUAGAGGGAUUAGGCUAACCUAUCAGUCUUCGGUAAGUAACUGAAAACCCGACAGUGCAUCGAUGCUAACCAAUCAAGUUGGUGAUGGCAAAUAUAAUUAGCAGUUACGUAUAACCGAUCAACUAAUCCGACACGACUCGGUCUUGAUUUUGGCUAACCAACAGUCCCAAGUAGUGGCGGACAUGAUUGGCAGUUCUGGCCCCAAAUUGGUGGUGGUUAACCGAAAUAUCGGUGCGAUUAAAGGUUGUCAACCCACGGGUUGACUCGCGGGUCAACCCACUUUGACCCUGAUCCAGUGAGAAAAACGAGUCGCACGCACCCGUCGGGUCGACCGCUACAAGAUAUCAGGUUGGAGGUCAAAUUGUGUCAUUUUUUUUCUUUGGUUUACGAAAUGCGCCUAUUUUUCGAUUUUUCUUUUCACCUAACUCAAUCUUUGGAAUCCUUAGUUGAACACUUGAAUAUUGAUGUUAUAUAAGUGUGAUUCAAUUUUCACUAUAUGUUGGAUCUAAGGGGUCGUUUGGAAGUUGAGAUUUCAAGUGAGGUAUUUAGCCAAUACAUGUAAUGAUAAGAUUAAGUCGUUUUUUUUGUUCAAUUUGAGUUAGAAUGCAUGUAUUACCUUUUUCUUGGCCCACCCACAAUCACUCAAAAUGAAUGAUUGUCAAUCUCUACAAAAAGUAGAUAUUGUUAACAAGGGAUUGUCUACCCUACUUUUUGCUCAAUCAUUAUCUUUCCAAACAAGGUAUUUUCCUAAUACAUGCAUUGAAUCAAUACAUCAAAUAAUAAUACAUGAAUUGAUUAAAUGCAUCUAUUUGGAGAAUCUCAACUUCCAAACAUGCCCUAAGUACUGCAUGUUACUUUGGUGUUAUGUUAUAUGUUAUUACUCAUAUGUUAGAUGAGAUUUGAUAUAAUUUAUUAGAAUAAGUACAAUAUAAUGACUAUUUACAUAUUUCCGAGCUAAAGCGGGCUAAAACGGGUGACCCGUUAACCCUUGACCCACCGACUUGACCGGGUCCGGGUCAACCCACGUGUUGACAAUCUUUUAAACUAAAACCCCACCAAUUAUUAGCCUUAUCCAAUAGUUCAAAUUUUGGUCGAUAGCCAUUACCUUCCGCUAGUCUUCGUUACCGCCGUUAUUUUUUUAAGUAGAUCAAAGUUCAACCAAUUGAAUCGAGAUCAACUCAACUAACUCGAAUGUGUAAAACAAUCCCUGGCCCUGCAUUCGUAUCCGAAUCCACCUUUAAAUGCAAAUCAUCAGCUGCCGACAUUUUAUUCCAAGAAGAAAAAAAAGGACUGCUACCGACAUGAAAAGGCAGCUUAUAGGCUAGCUGUACUUUGUAACGUGUAUCUCUCAAUUUUGUCCCGGUUGUUUGAAUUAUUUGGAAACUUUUAAUUAAUGUUUUCCACGCACUUAUUAUAAAUCAUGUAUGUUGUUUUGAGAAAUGGUUGAAAAUUUGAUUAGGCAAAUCCCACUUCGAUAAACAACGGGAGACAUUUAUGGUUUAUAAGUAAGAAACCGACAUUAAUCGACAAGAUGCGUUUUAGAGUGAAAUGCAUGAGUUCUUGUGAGAACGCUGAAGUUAAAACGUGCACAAUAUGGAGUAUAACAACAAGUAAGAAACCGGCUUUAACUAACAAGAAUUGUUUUGGAGUGAAAUGCAUAAGUUCUUAUGCAAAACUCUAAAGUUAAACGUACACAUUGUGGUAAUACAAAAAUCAUGAGAGUCAGAAAUUCAAAUCGAACAAUAUCUUGCUCAGGAAAAUUUCAUCUAUGUUAGAGAAUCUACGUGCAAAUAAAAAAAAUCCUUUUAAAUAAAUAGUACGAUUUUUUUUUUUAUUUAUCAAAAUCCUCGGCUUCUACACCACCAACGCCACCAACAGAUCAUAGCAGUGCUGUGGAGCAUUAACAUUGGUUUCCUGUUGGUAGGGACGAUGGACGGCCCCACCCCCACGACCCUCUCUUUCCCAAAUUCUGGAAUUUCGUCGAUGGGAAUCGAUUAAAUGGCGAUCGCAACGCUUUUCUUACGCGAUCCACUCCUCGAAAACCCUGGCUGGUUUACGCAUUGCUUGUCUCGAAUAGCAGCUGAGGACGAGAGGGAGCAAAAAAGGGGUUAAGGAAGGAGAUGUUGAAUUGCAAGUGUUUCCAGCGAAAUAAUUUGCCGAAUUAUUCGGCCUAUGAACCUGAUACUUUCUCCCUUCCUGAUCCUCUACCCAGUUGGCCUCCAGGUAAACUACCCUCUAAUCCUUCUCACUUGUUUCUUCUUUGCUUGAUCAGUCUUUCUCUGUUUCUAUUCCUUUCUUUUUUUUUAUGAAAUUCCCGUACAGUCUCUUGAGCUACACUUCACCUUUCAUUUCAGCUGAUUGCCGUUUCUGGGUUUUAAUUGUGUGUUGAUUGCCGUUUCUGGGUUGUAGUUGUGAGUGGCAUUGAUCUUAAGGGUUUAGUGAGAGUUCUGUUGUGGCUGCCUCUAUUUUAGCACAGCAGCCCUGUUUACCAUGUGACAGACAGUGGGGCAUCAAAAUGCAUCGCUAGUGGAGUGGUGCAUUUUUAUCAAUGAUGAAGGAAUGCUGACAAAGAUGAUACUUCUGGAACCUUGCUUCUGUCAGAUUUUGCAUGAUUUUAACUCAAAACUGAAUCGUUGUUAGUGAGCUAUUGAAAUGGUUGUGAACAAGCCAUUGCAUGAAAAGGACAGAAUAUUGGGAUUUCUUUGUCUGAGCUUCUUUUCCAUUCUGCGCGUGAUGCUGGUUGCAUAACUCGACCAUUUUGGGUUCGUUUCAUUCACUUGAUUUUGGGAGUUUUAUGUUUACAUUCUUUAUGUUUUGCCAUCUAUGCCGCCGUAUUCCUCAAUGUUAAGAGAUGCAGUACAACCUCGAUCAUCCAGCUCUGCCUCUAUAUUUUCCCCCUUUGUUGUAAGACUUUCAUUUGUUCAGAAAGGCCACUCAAUACCCAUUCUGUUAGGUGUUUCCAUUGUCAUUUUCUCCUUUCUUGUACCUACGGUUGCUUCCCCUUGAAGUUGGAGCGUCUCUUUUACUUAACAUGGUUGUCUUUUCCUUAUUUUUCACAGGUCAAGGGUUUGCUUGUGGAAGAAUAGGUCUAUCAGAAAUUGAAGUUGUUAAAAUCUCCAAGUUCCGCUUCAUAUGGGGCUAUGGGUUCUCACAAGAUAGGAAGAAAGGUGUUUCGUUCUAUAAGCCCGUGGGAGUUCCUCGUGGGUUCUACUGCCUUGGGCACUAUUGUCAAGCCAAUAAACAUCCAAUAACAGGUUUUCUUCUAGUGGCUAGGGAGGUGGCUUCUACUCGACAAGAAGUUACGAAUGGUAGAAAUCAUGGUGACUUACCUGCUCUUGCAAGGCCCGCCGAUUAUACUUUGGUUUGGACUGCAGAUGACCAACAUGGAGAGGUCUAUGAAGGGUGCGGCUUUUUUUGGUUACCCGUACCACCUGAGGGCUAUAAACCUAUGGGAUUCUUGGUUACUAGCAACUCAGACAGACCACAAUUGGAUGAAGUCAGAUGUGUUCGCUCAGAUUUGACAGAUGAAUGUGAAACAUAUCGUCGAAUUCUUGAUGUGUAUUCUACAUUCCUAAACUUCCCGUUUGGAGUUUGGAGCAUAAGACCUUGUGAUCGAGGAAUGAAAGGAAGAGGAGUCCCGGUGGGUACUUUCUUUUGCAGCAGCCACUGGAAACCUGGUGAGGAGUUGAAUAUUGCAUGCUUAAAGAAUUUAGAUUCCAGAUUGCAUGCCAUGCCAAAUCUUGAACAGAUACAUGCCAUUGUUCACCAUUAUGGUCCUAGAGUUUACUUUCAUCCUGAUGAAGUAUAUCUACCAUCAUCGGUUUCAUGGUUUUUCGAAAAAGGAGCAGUUUUGUGUAAAGCAGAUAAUUCUGAUCGUGUUCGCAUAGAUAUCAAUGGGUCUAAUUUGCCUGGAGGUGGCAUGAAUGAUGGGGCAUUUUGGAUAGAUUUGCCAUCUGAUGAACAAAGAGAUUCUUUAAUACAUGGAAAUUUAGAGAGUGCUAAACUUUAUGUUCAUGUGAAACCUGCUUUUGGAGGGACAUUUAGCGAUAUGGCGAUGUGGGUUUUUUGCCCCUUCAAUGGACCAGCAACACUUAAACUUGGACCUCUUAGCUUCUCUUUAAGCAAGAUAGGACAGCAUGUUGGUGAUUGGGAACAUUUCACUCUUCGUAUAUGCAACUUUACUGGUGAGCUUUGGGGUGUCUACUUCUCUCAGCACAGUGGUGGUGAAUGGGUUAGUGCUUGUGAUCUAGAGUACACGGAAGGCAAUAAACCGAUUGUUUACUCUUCAAGAAAUGGGCAUGCAAGUUAUCCUCACCCUUGUACCUACAUCCAAGGGUCUGCAAAACUUGGGAUUGGAAUAAGGAACGAUGCAAUCCGUAGCGACAAAUACAUAAGUUCAAGCGCUCGAUACGAGGUUGUCGCGGCAGAGUACUUGGGAGAUGAUGUGGUCGUCGAGCCUUGUUGGUUGCAGUUCAUGAGGAAGUGGGGUCCGAGACUUGUGUAUGAUUCAAGAGCUGAGCUUGAGAAAAUAAUUAAACGGUUUCCCUUGAGGAUGAGAUACUCAAUCGAGGGGAUAUUUGCCAAACUCCCAAUGGAGUUAUCUGGGGAGGAUGGUCCAACAGGGCCAAAGGAAAAGAACAAUUGGGUUGGAGAUGAGAGGUGGUGAGCAUGUAUUUGUCUGGGAUUUUUUGUUUCAUAGGUUUUUGGAUAGUGAUUAAUCAAAUUCAAAGCUUUAGAAUGUACAUAGAACAAUGAAGAAUUUGUAUACAUUGAUGGGUUUCUUCUUUAAGUUAGUAGUUUAUAAUAGAAGGAAUAUACAAAAUUCAUCAUUAAAAAGAUGUGCUGAAAGUGCAAAAACUAUUCAACAUUAAGCGCACUACAAAGUACAAAGUACAAACUCACUAGGUAAUAAGCAAUAAAACUAUAUUUAGAUU